AUGGGCGCACCACUCUGCACUCCGCCUCUCUGGGUCGCUGGGUCCGAAUCUUCUGCCAGCGUCAGCGCGGCCGUCGAGGCUGAGUCAGAGGAGCGAGAAGCCAUAGCCACGUCUGCUCCUAGGGAAGUGGCUUUCCGCCUGGAUCUGGGCUCCGCGUCCUCGUGCCUGGGCGUGUUCCUGCAGGGCUGGGUGGAGAUCCUUGCCAAUGACCUGGGCAACCGCACCAGGCCAGCAAGUGGUCUGAACGCGCUCCACACGGUGUUCGACGCCAAAAUGCUGAUAAGCUGCAAGUUCACAGAAGUGACUGUGCAGCCGGAGAAGAAACACUGGCUCUUCCGGGUGGUGAGCGAUGGCAGUGAGCCCAAAGUGCAAGUGUUCUAAGGCCGGUGAGGUAGUGGCGUUUAUGGUGCCUGCUACUUCAACGACUCGCAGCGCCAGGAGACCAAAGACGGGGUGGGGUGAAGUGCCAUCAGGAGACUCAACGUGCUUAGGAUCAUUAAAGAGCCUACUGCAGUCGCCGUCGCCUGCCAUCUGGACCAGCCGUGUGCUGGAGAGAGCGACGUGCUUAUUUUUCAUCUGAGUAGCGGCACUUUCAAUGUCUCAGCCCUAACUAUUCACGCUGGCGUCUUGGGGUGAAGGCCACAGCUGGAGACACUCACUCAUCUAGGUGGAGGGGACUUACCCAGCCAGAUGCUGACCUAUUUCAUGGAAGAAUUCCGGGGCAAGCAUGGCAAAGAUGGGAACGGAAACAAUAUGACACUUCGCAGAUUAUGCACUGCCUGUGAGCGAGCCAAACGCAUGCUGUCCUCCAGUACCCAGUCUACCUUGGGGACUGACUCCUUGUUCCAAGGUAUGGGCGUCUACACUUCCCUUAGUCGUGCCCUCUUUGAACUGUGCUCAGACCUUUUCUGCAGCCCCCUGGAGCCUGCAGAGAAGGCCCUGAGUGAUGCCAAACCGACCAAAGCCCAUUUAAUCCACGAGGUCAUCCUUGUGGAUGGUUCUACUUGUAUCUCUAAGGUUCAGAAGCGUCUAUAAGACGUCUUCAGCGGCAAGGAACUGAACAAGAACAUCACCCCUGAAGAGGCUGUGGCCCAUGGGGCUGCUGUGGUGGCUGUGUUGAUGGAAGACAAGUGUGAGAAGAUGCAGGAUCUCCUGCUGGGUGUGGCUUCCCUGUCCCUAGGGCUGGAGACAGUGAUGACCACAUUGAUCCGGUGGAAUGUCACCAUCUCUACUAAACAGACCCAAGCCUUCCCUACUUACUCAGACAACCAGCCUGGGUCCCAGGCAUAUGAGAAUGAAAGGGCUGUGACAAAGGAUGACAACCUGCUGGGCAGCUUUGAGCUCAGUGGCAUUCUCCCUGCCCCACAUGCAGUUCCCUGGAUGGAAGUCAUUUUUGACAUAGAUGCCAGUGUCUGAGUCGACACUGACUGGAGUACAGGCAAGGGUAACAAGAGUACCGUCACCAAUGACAAAGGCCACCUCAGCAAGUAGGAGAUGGAGAGGAUGGUUCCAGAGGCUGUACAGUACAAGGCUAAGGAUGAGGACCAGACAUACAGAGUGGCUGCUGACAAUUCCUUGGAAGUCCUGGUUGUCCUAGUGAAGAGUUCCUUGCAGGGAGAUAGCCUUAGGGAAAAACUGCAGGAAGUCCUGGCCCUGCUAGAACACAACCAGUUAGCAGACCAGGAGUGUGAACAUCAGAGGAAGGUGCUGGUACAAAUGUGCUGCCCCAUCUUCUCUAGGUUUUGGUGGGGGGGAGGGGGUGGAAGAAUGGACAGUUGUGGGGCACAAGCUUGUCAGGAGAGGCCUGGUAGUGGCCCCAUUGCUGAGGAAAUCGAAUACCCCGUCAUGAUGAGUCCCUCCGUAUUGGACGAGGUGCCUCCACUUGCCACUCCUUACUUCCUUUUUCAUCUCAUCAUCGCCCCCUGGUACCGGAAGAACCGGAAGAGGUUUCCUUUCUCGGGUUUUAAAUUCUCCGCUCCAGAAGCUGCCCCAGAAUCCGUAAACUCCGUACCCGACCAGCGUCUACUCUUUCAAUACCUGGCGCUAUCUGAUGCCAUCCAUCCCUUGGACAGCUAA